AUCUACCGCAUCGACCACUAUCUCGGCAAAGAGAUGGUCCAGAAUAUACUGCCCAUCCGUUUCGGGAACAACCAGUUGGAGCCCACGUGGAACCGACAAUAUAUAGCUAACGUGGAGAUCCUAUUAAAGGAGCCGUUUGGCACUCAGGGUAGGGGCGGAUACUUUGAUAAGUACGGUAUUAUCCGGGAUGUCGCCCAAAAUCAUUUGCUUCAAGUGCUGACUCUCGUGGCGAUGGAAAGGCCCGACACGUUAAGUGCUAGUGAUAUACGCGGACAAAAGCUCAAACUCUUGCAAAGUAUGGCUGACCUAAAGGUGUCGGACGUGGUGUUGGGUCAGUACGUGGGUAACCCUAAGGGCGUGGGAGAGGCACAGAAGGGGUACACUGAUGACACGGGUGUACCCAAAAACUCGACGACAUCCACAUUCUCGGUGGUCGUGCUUCACAUCGACAACGAUCGCUGGAAAGGCGUUCCCUUUUUCAUCCGCUCGGGAAAGGCUACCGAUGAGAGUCGGGUUGAGGUUAGGGUUCAGUACAAGCCGUUGGAUAAGGACUUGUUUGGCGGCCAAUCCAAGCGCGAUAUGACUAUAUUCCGGAUACAACCCAACGAAGCCGUGUACCAGAGGUUUAACGUCAAGAGGCCCGGUAUGGACAGUGACCUGAUCCAAACGGAACUGGAUCUCACUUAUGCCUCACGAUUCUACAAUGCCUACCUUCCGGAUGCCUACGAGCGGCUACUAAUGGAUGUGCUGAACGGAAUUCAGUCUAAUUUCGUGGGAACGGAUGAGUUGGCGGAGGCGUGGCGUGUGUUUACCCCCGCCCUCCACGCUAUCGAUGACGCCCAAGAGAUGCCUCACAAGUAUGUGUUCGGCGCACAGACUUUCAAAGAGGCCGACGAUCUCGAGGCCAAGUAUGGGCUCAUCCGAUAA